UUAUACAAAUGUGUUUAAAAAUGUAUCAUAUACCUUAUCAACGGAUUAAAUGAAACGUUGACAUUUGAUGUUAUCUUUUAUUAACUCUUAACUUUGUUUGUUAACUUUCAUUUCCAUUGUAUUUGCACGCUGAAUUUAUUUGUUUUUAAACUAUCAACGUUCACUGAAACUUGCUGCCGUGUCUUUAACCAUGACAAAUAUUAAACUUAGGUUUCAUUAGCCGAGGUAUUUAUAAUAGUACCAGUGCAGUACAAAACAGUGAUCAGUACCUACAACAGUCUUGUUGAAACAAGUAAUAUGAAUACCUUACUGACUGCGGUAAUUUGGCUAACCGUUUUAUCAGUUUCGUUUUCGAUUUUACUAGAUGAAUCAAGACCAGAAGAUGCUACAUUAAGUUUUACUGAACUUGGAAUGAAAUAUGGACAUUCUGUCGAAGAGCAUGAUGUGGUCACUGAAGAUGGAUAUAUUUUAACUUUAUUUCAUAUCCAUGGAGAGACAAAGGGGCCCGUUCUCGUAAUGCAUGGGAUUUUUGAUUCUGCUGACACAUUCAUUAUAAGAGGGAAUUUGUCUUUAAUCAUUACUUUGGCUAAUAAAGGUUAUGACGUGUGGUCUGGAAAUACAAGAGGCAACAAAUAUGGCCGGAGACACAAACACCUGGAUCCUGACGCCGGACCAAAGUUCUGGGACUUCAGUUUUCAUGAAGCUGGUUACUACGAUUUGGCUGCUUUAGUUGACUUCAUCCUAGAAUUUACGGGUGAGCAGAGCAUAAGAACAAUAGGGCAUUCCCAGGGGACGACGAUACAUUUUAUUCUAUUAUCAACAAGGCCGGAAUAUAAUGAGAAAAUUAAAGGGUUCAUUGCCCUGGCGCCUGUCGCGUUCCUCAGCAAUUUAAUCCCUCCACUUUCAACAUUGACUAAGGCAUGGCCAGCGAUAAACAAAUUUUUGAAAGCCACAGGGACGGAAGAAUUAUUACGCGAUCAUUCUGCAGCUAAUGAUCUUAUAGAGUCAUUAUGCAGCCAAGGGCUAAUUGGUUACGAAGUCUGCUAUGUGCUCCUAUCUUCAACAGCUUUCGGUUUUGAUCCUGAAAGAAUUGAGCCCCACUUUUGGGAAGUUAUUUUGGGACACUUUCCGACCUCUACUAGUAGAAGAACUCUCAUUCAUUUUGCUCAAAUUGCUGUCAGUAAAAGAUUUACCCAGUACGAUUACGGUUCUGUAAUAAAUUUCAGAAAGUACAAAAGUUUGACUCCACCCAAUUAUAAUUUGGAGAAAGUUACUAUAAAUAUCUCUUUGAUUGCUAGUGGCAACGAUAAUCUGUCGAGAUUAAAAGAUGUUGAUAUUUUAAGAACAAUGCUUCCUAAAGAGCUGAAAUACCAUGUGAUGGAACCCAUGCUAUGGAACCAUGUUGAUUUCACAUGGGCUAAAGACAUGGAUAUAUAUUUGUACCCUUAUAUAUUAUCUUCCUUGCAAGAAUUUUAA